AUGAAUUAUUAUAAAUAACAUGCUUUGCAACAUAUGGCUUAAGUUGAACCAGAAGGUAAUUUCUUUAUUUUUCAUCCUAAUACUCCUUUUACUUCUAGCAGAACAAAAUAAAAUCGAGUUUUGGCUUUUUUAUUGUAAAAAUUGGUAAUGCUUCGUAAGUAAAUUUCAUAAUUUAAUAUUAGGUAUGAAAACUUAUGUGUUGUGAUUUUGUUACUUUUGAAGGAAUUAACAGGAUAAUUUUUUUAUGCAAACUAUCAAGGUAAUAGUGAGUUAAGAUAGAUACUUAUCUACUAUAAUAACAUAAUUUUUUAGAAUCCUGGAUUGUAUUAAUAAUUUUAUAACACUGAAACACCUUAGAAAUUUAAGUUUUAGUUAUGGCUAAAAUCAUUAACUCAUCUUGAUGAUGAUAAACUUCAAAUUGAAAUUGAAAAAUAUUCUUAUGACCAUAAAUAUAUUAAUAUGUUAGAAUAUGAGAUAUUAUUAUCAAUAACUCAUGAAAGUGAGAUUGAUUUAACAAAAAUAAAAAAUGGUUAUAUUUUGCUUAAAUUAAUCAAUUACAAAGAAGAUGAAGAGAGACUUUAAAUUCUAAAAAAGAUGAAGGAUUGUUAUAUGAAUGAAAGUUAUAUCUUAAAAAAAGAGUGGUUAUUCUUAAUGAUUAAAAUGGAUAAAAAAUUUGAAAUAUAAGAAUUAAAUAAUCUAUCAUAAGUAGAUUUAUUUGAUUCUCAUUUUUAAUUUUUAUUAGUUUCAAGCUAUUUAAAAUUGGAUCAGGAAGAAAAGGCAAUUGAAUAAUUAAUAAAUCAUUUACAUUACUCUGAUGGUAAUUCUGAAAUAUGGGCCUUAUUCUAACAAUAGUUGACAUAAUAAUUAAUAGACAAACAUAAAUCAGAAUUAGUAAUCUUAAUCAAAUUGCAUUUUGGACAAGGUUUUUUCAAGAAAUUAAUGGAAUUUCCAAAGGAUUAAGAAUCAAUUAGAUUAUUAUAAACAAAGAUAGGAUUUUUAUCACUUUUUAAUGAAGAAUAGUCUUAAAAAUAUCUCAACUUUUUAUAAUAACAAGAGUAAAUAUGUAUGUGA